AGUGUACUUUUUUUUUUUAGAACAUUUCACAAAAAUGUGCAUUAGCCAUCUUUUUUGAACAGUCUGCCACCAACUCGUUAUUUCUUACAAGGAUUUUACAAGGCAUUCUGUGUUGAGCUAGAAAAAACGGCGGGAAAGUUGGAGCAAAAACGAGAGCAUUAACACCGUAUAGCUCAAAACCCAAGAGCUAAUAGUAGAAAUGUCAAAUUCAUCUUCCGAAGCGCAUGAUGAUGGUGAUGGAGUGGAAGAGUUAAGGGAGCCGCCUUCUCAAAAUCCUUCGGCCCCUCCUCACGAGUCAUUCGACGUUUCAACAACGGUUGAUCCUAGUUACGUGAUAUCUUUGAUAAGGAAACUUCUGCCAUCAGAUGCCAAGGAUGGUGAACAUGCUACUCGGACUGGUUUGAUUCGUGAAGAACCGAGAGCUGAAGGCAUAAUAGAGGAUGCCACGGGCUUGCCUCAAAAUGGUGGAGAGGCUGAAGCAAUGGAAUCUUCUGAGAACCACGACGUACGGGAACCACCGAAUGAUUAUCAAAAUGAAGGUGGUUCUGUAGGAGAACAAACGUGGGAAGAGUCUGGAUGCAUUUUAUGGGAUCUUGCCGCAAGUGAAGAUCAUGCCCAAUUUAUGGUUCAAAAUCUUAUACUUGAAGUGCUUUUGGCUAGUCUUGUUGUUUCUCCAUCCUCGCGGAUUACUGAGAUUAGUCUUGGCAUUAUCGGAAACCUUUCUUGCCAUGAAACUUCCCGAAAAUGUAUAGCCUCUGUUAAUGGAUUGGUUGGAGCCAUAGUGGAGCAAUUACUUAUUGAUGAUGUACCUUGCCUCUGUGAAGCUUGCAGGGUGUUAAGCUUGUGCAUACAAGGAAGUGAAGGUGUUAUUUGGGCAGAAGCAUUGCAGCCUGAGCAUAUCCUCUCUCGUAUCCUCUGGAUUGCUGAAAAUGCUCUGAAUCCACAACUUAUUGAAAGGAGUGUAGGUUUAUUGUUGGCUGUUUUAGAAAGUCGACAGGAAGUAGCAGCCAUUCUUCUUCCUCCUUUGUUGAAAUUGGGCCUGUCGAGUCUUCUGAUCAAACUCUUGGCUUUUGAAAUGACCAAAUUAAAGGAAGAUAGGAGACCCGAGAGGUAUAGUGUGCUGGAUCUGAUUCUACGGACAAUUGAAGAGCUCUCGACUAUGGAUAACUAUUCACAAGAAAUAUGUGAAAACAAAGAGCUGUUGCAAUUAGUACGAGAGCUGAUCAUACUUCCUGAUAAAUUUGAGGUUGCCAGUUCUUGUGUGACAGCUGCAGUGUUGAUAGCAAAUAUCCUUACUGAUGUAGCCCAUUUCGCUUCUGAGUUAUCACAAGAUCUGAGCUUCUUGCAGGGUCUAUUUGAUGUGUUCCCAUUUGCUUCUGAGGACACAGAAGCUCAGAUUGCAAUUUGGAGCAUUAUUUCAAGAAUAUUGACAGUACUUCAGGAAAGGGAGAUGACUCCGUCAGUGUUGAACUUUCUCGUCUCAAUUCUUGCAAGCAAAUUGGAUCUGAUUGAAGAUGAACUCCUUGCGCACCCAUCAGAUCGUGGAGAACACAGUACUCCUGAUACUUCUGGCACUAAAGUUGAUGCUAGACUUAUUUCUAUGAAAAGAACCUCCGAUAUUCUGACAUACUGGAAAUCAUCUGAUGAUAGCGUAAAGAACACUUCUUUUGCUGAAGGCUGCCGCAUUAAUGAAGAAGUUGUUGAUAAACUGUUAGAUCACUGUCGCAAAGCUUCCAGGUUUACUACCAGCCUAUAGUUUUCCAUCUGGAUUCUAGAACGAGGAUUUUGAAGUACUUAACCUAGAUGUGAUUCUGUCAUCAAGCAAGGAGUCAAAUUGUGGUCGAGCUGUGUGAAAACUCAAUUGACCAGUUGUAAAGCAAUUCCGCAUCUUUCUUCUUCUUUAUAUGGUUAUACCCUUUACCUACUGUGAUUCGUUUCAUCAUAUGUGAAAACAACAAAUAUGGAAGGGGGAUUCUUCAUAUAUUGAUUACAUGAUGUUAACUGAGAAA